UUCACAGCAAAACAGAAAUUAAGAGAAGAAUUUAGCACAAACCCAUUGAGACCCAGAUGGUGAUUAACGAAAUCCCAUGGUCUACCAUUGGCGUAGUAACUGCUUGGUAUAGCUCUAACAUUGGGGUACUCCUUCUGAACAAGUACUUGCUCAGCAAUUACGGGUUCAAGUACCCUUGCUUUCUCACCACGUGUCACAUGAUGGUGUGUUCUCUUUUCAGCUACGUUGCCAUUUCCGUCAUGGACAUAGUCCCUUUGCAGAGCGUGCGGUCCAAGAAUCAGUUUUGGAAAAUCUUUGGUCUCAGUGUCGUUUUUUGUUUCUCUGUCGUUUGUGGGAACAUGUCGCUCAGGUACAUUCCGGUGUCGUUUAACCAGGCAAUUGGAGCCACCACACCUUUCUUCACGGCCGGUUUUGCUUAUGCUAUGAGUAAAAAGAGAGAGGCUUGGGUUACUUAUGCCACCCUUUUGCCUGUUGUUGCAGGUGUCAUCAUAGCUAGUGGGGGUGAACCAAGUUUUCAUCUGUUCGGAUUUAUAAUCUGUGUAUCAUCAACUGCUGCCAGAGCAUUUAAAUCAGUGCUUCAAGAUAUUUUGUUGUCAUCUGAGGGAGAAAAGUUGGAUUCUAUGAACCUGCUGCUUUAUAUGGCACCUAUAGCAAUGAUGGUCUUGCUUCCUACAACAUUGUUGAUGGAAGAAAACGUGAUUUGGAUCACUAUAGAGCUUGCCAGGAGGGAUAUCAGAAUUAUCUGGUAUCUGAUUCUCAGUUCUUCUCUUGCAUAUUUUGUGAACUUGACCAAUUUUUUGGUAACAAAAUAUACAAGUGCACUUACCCUUCAGGUUUUAGGAAAUGCAAAGGGGGCAGUUGCUGUGGUGAUCUCAAUUUUGAUAUUCAAAAAUCCUAUUUCUAUGAUUGGAAUGCUUGGCUAUGCACUCACUGUACUUGGAGUUAUACUGUACAGUGAAACCAAGAAGAGGUAUAGUUGAAAUUAGUAAAAUUCAAGGUUACUUGCUACCAAUCAAAAUAGAGUGUGAUUUACCACGAGUGAGAGUACCAAUCAGUUCUACAUAAAAUUACGAGCUUACACCUUACAGCAACCGCUUUAUUACAUGUGAACACGGAUAUUCUUUUUACCACCUAUCUAAUACAUUCUAAUCAUUGUGGGAGUACUCACACUUCCCAUAUACCCUUUGAUGUGCGCUAGAGCUUCAGCCUUCAUGCUUAUUGGCUAGUUAGUCAUUUUUCAGUUUUAAAUCACUGCAACUGCUAAUGAUAGCAUAUAUGUUAAUUUUGUAUUUGUCUCUUUCUUUAUUAAUUUUUAUAAAUUUUGUAUUUUCCUAUUGGCUAGUUGGUCGUGUUCAGUUUUAAA